GUCUUUCAUCAAAAAAGAAGGCAGCCAUCAAAAGGUAGGUGAAUGGCAAGGUAGGUGCAACGUACAUUGUCCAACACCGGGUGUUGUUUGCUUGCCUCCUCAGUCCUUCAUUUGGUCCCACGCCAGUUUUUGUUUUCGAUUUUCUCCCGUCGAUCUUGUCCAUCUUUCUCACCCUUCCCAUCAGACCAACUCGGCCCUUCUUUUCUUCCCAUCUCAUCCCGAUUCCCCACCUCACCUCAUGGUCCGGUUUGCAUUUUGAACAAAAAAAAAAAAAAAAAAAAAAACCAGACGGAUUGUCAACAGUCUCGCAUAGCGCUGCGACCAUCUCACCAUGACUGCUAGGAUUUUUGAUGUUGACCAAACGGGAAACGUGCUUUGCUCGUAUGACCAUGGCGACCGUGUUGACAACAAUUCGGACGGCUCUAUGAAGAUAGAGAAAACCCAUGUACCCUUGAUCAAGGCGAUCUUCUACGCAUUCCUUCCCGCCGGUUUCCCACACACCGUCACCGAAGACUACCUCCACUACCAGAUCUACGACUCUCUCCAGGCCUUCUCCUCAUCCAUCGCCUCUCUGCUUGCGAACCGCGCCGUGCUCGAGGGUCUCGGUGUUGGCGAUGCGUCGCAGUCUCCCACGGCCGCCUUGGUCUUGAAGAUCAUACAAGAUACUAUCUCGCGUCUGGCUACAAUCAUGUUUGCCCAUCGCAUGGGCACUGCCAUUGAGCCCGAAUGUAAAUCGUACCGAUUCUUGGCCGACAUCUUCAACGACGCUGCCCAGAUUCUGGAUCUGCUUGUGCCCGUUCUUCCCCUGUUGCCCAAGGUUUCGGUUCUGGUCACGUCGGGAUGUCUGCGCUCACUCUGUGGUGUUGCGGCGGGUGCCAGCAAGGCCAGCUUGUCCGCCCACUUUGCCAAGACGGGAAAUCUGGCAGAGCUCAACGCAAAGGAGGCCAGUCAAGAGACAGUCGUCAGUCUGGUCGGCAUGUUGACUGGGACAGCCGUCGUCCACAUGGUGGAGGAUAAGACGGCCGUGUGGUGCUGGAUGAUUGUGUUGAUCUGCAUGCACCUGAUGAUGAACUACCGUGCCGUCCGAAACGUCCGCAUGCUCACCCUCAACCGUCAGCGUGCAACAAUUGUCUUUCGCGAAUUCCUCGAGACAGGCAAGGUCUUGACCCCAGCUCAAUGCGCCUCUCGUGAAAGUAUCCUGCUCAACAGCCGCGGCAACAUGAGCAGCAAGAGUGGUGACUACAAGGGAUUUUGUCAGUUCGCCAGCUAUGGCGACGUCAUGAACUGGCGACCAUGGGGCUACCACCGUUAUGACUUUGAGACAGAUGACUAUUUUAUGGGCAUCUAUCACUGGAGAUCAACCUUUUACAUUCGCAUCGCAAUGAAGGAGACCAGCCGUGAGGGUCGGGCUAACGGCCCACUACUGGCUUGGUUCGACGCUGUUGCUCAUGCCUACCACUUUGAUUCGGCCCUCAAGGAUGGCCUCGGUAGCCAUACGGAACAUGCUGGCCCUGCCGGCUACAUCUCACCAGAGACCAAGGAGACGGUCCUCAAAGCUUUAACUGCCGCCGGCUGGGAUAUUUACGACGGACAGCUCGAGAUUAGAAGUCCCGUGCGCGUGCGUAUUGCUGACGCUGCGAAGAAGGGCAUGUAACCUCCCUUGAGUACUUGACACGCCCCGAGUGCAAGGCCACCUGGCUCUGCAUAUGGGAUCUCCCUUGGCUUGACUCUAUCGUUACUUUUGCGUUUCGUUUAUGUUUUUCUUUUGUUUUAUCCGUAUGAUUGACGAUAACUGCAUGACACGGAAACCAUCCGGACAACAGAACGGGAACAUGAGGGAAUUUUCCUUACAACAACGAGGGAUGCUCAUUUGCUGAUACUUUUCAUUUGUUUUGCAGUCCCAUUUGCGUUGCCACCCUCGGAGAAGGCGGUUAUCAUCUCCCAACACCAGCACCACACACCAUCCAUACCAUCUUCUCACGGACAGUAUCAUACAGUACCCCAGGAGAUGAAGCACGACUAGACUGGUGAGGUAGUUUGGACGACAACAGAAGCUGGUACGAAUGAUUGAAAAUACUAGGGAUGGAGUUUUUGGGGGUUUGACUUCCUUUUGCCUUUUCAAAUCCGGGAGCCUUUUACCUAUUUCUACUUUUCACUUUUCUCUUCUUGUUCGCGCAAAUGAUACCAUAUAGGGAUGGCGUCGAAGGCGUUCUAAUUUUCAGGCCACUCUACUUGACAAACAGUGAAAAACCAUUUUGGUCAUGUGUAUGCGGGUGGCACUAUGCGAAUAUCCUUUGGCUGUGACCCAACAUGAACUGGAGAGAAAUGGAGUGGACCGCGAGCUGAUAUAAACCACUAUGAUCAACUUGUGUCAUUUAUUCUUCAGUAGCUUUGACAAGGAGAGCAAUCGCUUGCCAUGAAGUAAGUGAUCUGGGUAUGUAAUGGAUACUGUUACAAUGGUUGGUGUUUUGGUUUGUUUUUAUAUUACAAAUCGAGGCUUUCGGGCAUCUCAAAUCGACACAGCUGCUGCGCUGGUAUAGCUGACAGCUAUCACAUGGCCAUUCAACUCUCGUCGUCAACAUCUUACAAUGAGGUUCAGCUCCAUCUGACCAUCGUCCUCCAAAUCCAAUCAAGGAUCAAACCGCCCAGACUCUAUGCAGCACCAAUGAACCUCAACGCUCUCAUCUUGACACCCUCCCAACUGUUCAACUUGGGCCUUACAUCCAGAUAAAAGUUUAUCUGCGGGCCCUGCUGCUGCUGUUGCCGCGCAGCCCCAGGCCUGCCCGCAUAAAAGUCAAUCACGUACUCGAUCUUCUUCCCGCAGCGAUCGACGACCCAAUCGUGGCGAUCAAAGGGCGCCGUGUACCCCAGCAGGGUGUUGAACCUCGCGCGGGGCGUCAUCUUGGCGGCGAGCCCCGAGAAGCUCUCCAGCUUUGGGCCGCCGCACUUGUUCCCGCCGGGCCCGUCCAGGUACGGCGCCUCCCACUCCUUGAUCUCCUUCCAGGCGCGCUCGUUGACGGCGUUGUGGAUGGGAACGACGGUCCGCAUGUCGACGGGCCGCGUGUCGCCCGCCGUGCCCUUGCGCUUCAGCGCCUCGAAGAACAUCUUCUCCGACGGGUAGAUCCAGUUCCCCGUGUGCGGGUCCGCGCCGGUUUCGAUCUCGUGGUUGACGGGGCGGGAUGACGCCGGUGCUGUAGUCGUCGUCGUCGACCCUGCCGGUUGGUUGGGUGACGUCGAUGACCGCGGGAUGGACGAUACCACGCGGUGCUCGUCGAGUUGCGGUCGGGGCGCAGGCCGCGCCGUCUGUGGUUCGGGGGUUGUUUGUGAUGCGGUGCUGGGCCAGAAUGGAACGCGCCAGCUUAAUGGGUUCCAUGAUGAUAAUGAUGAUGAUGAUGAUGAUGAAGAAGAAGAGGAGCCUGGCGAACUGGAGGUUGGUACCGGUGGUGGUAAUGACGAGGAGGCCGAGGCCGGCAUCGGGUGUGGUGGCAUUGGCGGCGGCGGCGCGCCGGCUUCCUGUGCGGCGCGGGCCUGCUGCAGCCAGACCUCGCGGGAUUUGUGGUCGACGGGGCACUUGUCGGCCGCAGCGUCGUUGCUGCUACUGCUGUCCGCCAUGGUAAGACUGUUUGGUGUGAAGACAGAUGUUGGGCAGACGGGAUAUAGGCCUGGUUUGGAGAGCGCUGCAGGAUUUGUACCUAUGUAGAGUAAAGUAGGGU